AUGCCUUCAUUCAACUACGGAUACGCCAUGGGCGACUUCCCAGGAGACAAGAGAAUUGUGACACCCCCAAUGCUCGGCAACAAGAUCUCGCUCUCUCUAGGCCACACCUCAACUUUUGUCUUCCUCGGCACAAAGGCUGAAAUCCUCGAAUGGUUCAAGACCGUCGGUCCCUCCAAAGUCGUCCAAGCCGUCCUCUUCCACGACCGGCCCUCAGAACCCCUCGACCUCGUCUUUGAUCUCCUCCCCAUCCCCAACCCUGACCUCACCUGGCUCCAGUACUACCAGUCCUUUUAUCAAUCGGAUCCUACAUUGGAACGGUACAGGUUAGAGAUUCGCCCAGAGCAGCCCAAGAUUGAUGCCGAGAUUGAACCAUUGUACAGGAUGUAUGCUAAAUCAGGAGUCUGCCUGGGCGACAUUGCACCUGCGUUGGAGAAGAAGUGGUCCGAGGUGCCGUCAAAGUCGUAUCUGGAUAUGGUCAAGGAAGUCUUUUAUGAGCGGGAUGAUGUCAAUGAGCACGCACAGCAAGUCGCUGAAGAGACCAAGAGGAGGGAUGAGGCUGGCCGUGAAGUUGAGCUUGAGGAUAUUGUCGUCUCUGUCCCUGUUCCUACUGAGCAGCAGCCCCGUCCAUAA